UCCAUCACAAUUGCUCACCCCCAAAGUACUGUCGUCGUUAAUGGCGAUUUUCAAGAAAGCUGCAUCUUUGAUCUUGUUUCUCACUCUUGUUUCUCUCUCAGUCUUUGCUCUGGCGGCCGGCGGCGGCGGAGAAUGGAAGCUUCUACACAGAUCCGUGGGGGUCUCCGCCAUGCAUAUGCAGCUCCUGCACAACAACAAGGUCAUAAUUUACGAUCGUACGGACUUCGGCGAAUCGAAGCUGAAGCUGCCGCCGGGGAAAUGCAGAUCCAACGACGACGUACUUCGGAAAGACUGCACGGCGCACUCCCUCCUAUACGACGUCGUUUCGAAUACUUACCGUCCGCUUAUGGUCCACACCGACUUCUGGUGCUCCUCCGGCGCCGUGAUGUCCGACGGAACCCUAAUUCAGACCGGAGGAUUCCACGCCGGCGAUCGCAAAAUCAGGCUUUUCUCACCCUGCGACGACGAUCAAUGCGACUGGGUUGAACUGCAACAGAACUUGACUGUUCCAAGAUGGUAUUCUUCCGACCAUAUCCUCCCCGAUGGCCGUGUGAUCAUCGUCGGCGGAAGAGCCGAAUUCAGCUACGAAUUCAUCCCCAAAAAUCAAGAAUCGGAGAAUCGAGUUUUCCACUUCCCAUUCCUGCAAGAAACCUCCGACCCUAUCGAAGAAAACAAUCUUUAUCCAUUUCUUCACCUCUUACCCGACGGGAACCUCUUCGUCUUCGCGAAUCAGCGCUCCGUCGUUCUGGACUACACCAACAACAAAAUUCUGCGAAAAUUCCGGCCGAUCCCCGGCGGGAAGCGGUCGUAUCCGUCGACAGGAUCGUCAGUGAUGCUUCCGCUGAGAUUAAAUUUCACCGGAGAAGACGCUUCAUCGACAUUGCCAUUAGUGGAGGUGCUCGUCUGCGGCGGCGCUAGGGGUGGCGCUUUUUUCAAGGCCUUCGCCGGCGUAUACGUGGCGGCUUCAGAAUCCUGUGGGCGGUUACGGGUCACCGACCCGGACCCGGAAUGGGUAAUGGAGAUAAUGCCAAUGAGUCGGGUCAUGCCCGACAUGCUACUGUUACCCACCGGUGACGUUAUCAUUAUCAACGGAGCUGGUAAAGGUUCAGCCGGGUGGGACUUGGCGGACGGACCGGUUUUGAACCCGGUUCUUUACAGGCCAGGCGAAGGGGAGAGAUUCAGUGUGCUCAAUCCCACCUUAAUACCGAGAAUGUACCACUCAUCAGCGACUCUUCUGCCAGAUGGCAGAAUCUUAGUGGGAGGAAGCAAUCCACACGAGAAGUACAACUUCACAGGCGUGAGGUACCCCACGGAGCUAAGCCUGGAAUCCUUCUCCCCACCAUACCUGGCAUCAAGGUACAACCAAGUUCGCCCUAAGAUAUUGUCGGUAGGGUGGCCCACAGAAGGCACCAUAUCCUACGGCCAGAAAUUCACAAUCUCCUUCUCGAUGAAGUCGCCCCAACCUGCGGGCGACCUCACCGUAACAAUGACUGCACCCUCAUUUACCACGCAUUCAUUCGCCAUGAACCAGAGGCUUCUAGUGUUGUACGUCGAAGAUGUACAACACCCAUCAGCGUCAAUUUACAACGCCACGGUGUAUGCACCCCCCACAGCCAAUAUCGCACCCUCAGGCUAUUACAUGGUGGCUGUUGUGCACCAGGGAGUUCCCAGCCACUGCACUUGGGUUCGAAUUAAAUAAUUAAUAUUUAUUUAAUUAUUUCAAUAUAUAUAUAUUUUUUGAUCUACAUUACGUUAUCCCAGUUAUUUGCCCAUUGUUCAAAUCAAUUAUAAUCCAAGUGUAGUAAAAUAAGAUGCUUUUCUCUGGAUGUGAAUUUCGGA